AUGGUAUUCACUGUUCCACGUGAUAAAAUUGAUUCUCCGUUCGAGCUAGGCGGUAUGCCGUUGUGUGCAGAAGACAGGAAUUAUUUAUGCUACUGUUCCACAUAUAAACCUCCAAAUUGCGUUGAUCGUGAUUCGGCAGUCAAGGUAUCCGCGUUUUCACCUGAUAUCAUUCUAUUUCAUAUCGCUCAUAUUCUUGAUCUGUUCUGUCAAAUCGAAUGUAUGCGACAGAUUUAUAUGAAGAAAAUGUUGAGACAAGGCUCAUUCUUCAUCAUGGUCUUUUUCUUAUCGCUCACUAUAUCUCUCCGCAUUAUUUUCUAUAUGUUCGCUAUAACGAUAUCGGUGUCCUAUGGAAUCUCAGAGGAACCAGAAGAAACUAUGCCUCUCGCCAAAUAUUCAAUGUAUCUGGAUUACUGUAGCAACUUUUUGUCUACUACUAUUAUUUUCUGUUUGUCAUUGAAUCGAUGUCUGUUCUUCGUCGCUAAGAAGUGGAAUCAGAUCAUAUUCGACAAAAAUCACGUGAUAUUUCCUAUUUUCUCUAGUUUUAUUCUUUCAAUUUCUGGUGGAGUGACGAUUGUAACAGGGGGAGAAAUGAUGAGAAAAUAUUUCAAGGGUUAUGGAUUUGUUGAUGUAAGUGCUCAUAAUGAAAUAGUACAGACAAUCAACAGAAUGUUCUGCAUAUUUCCAAUUGGAUCUAUCAUCUCUUACAUUGUUCUCUAUAUUCAUUUACGAAAAAGAUCUCAUUUAGUCUUAACCCGAUCUUCGAAUCAGAACAGAGGAGAGCAAAAAGUUUUUGUUCAAUUAUUGAUUACUGCUGUACUUUGGACGGCAAUAUCCCUAGUCUAUGAGUACCUUCAAAUAAUCAAUUGGGGCUAUCAAGAUAGAGGAGACUAUAGAGAAACUCAACAAACUUUGAUAAUAGUUCUGAAAGUUCUCAAUUUUCUCCCCGAGAUGUCAUUACCCUUCAUGAUGAUUAUACAUGCAUUGAAGACAGAGAACAGAAUUGGUGUCUGGAUAGCGUUGAAGAAUUUGACGUCGAAGAGGAAUCAAGGAAAUCAGAAUUCGUCAUUGACUAGUGCCAACACUCAAUUAUAA